UCUCUUAGUUUCCUUUCUUUAAAAAGUGGCGAACAGGUAAAAGUAAUUAAAUUUAAUAAUCCCAUUGUGGAUGUUCUAGCAAAUAGAAAGUCAGUGGUAAUUGCAUUUGCUGAACGUAUAGCAGUCUUUGAUGCGUUUACCUUAGAAGAUCGAUUAACUGUAACCACCUGUUAUUUAAGUCCGGGUAUAUAUCCCAAUCCCAUUGCCUUAGGAACGCGUUGGAUGGCAUAUGCAGAAAAGAAACUAAUAAAUAUCAAAAAAAGUAGUGGUGGAAAUGAAGGGGAGGGAAUACAAAGUUACACAGCGACUGUAAUACAUGCUGCGAAAACUCUGGGAAAGGGCCUACGAGAAUUGGGAGAAACAGUAGCCAGCAGUUUAACUGGAAAUUCUCCGUAUAAACCUCCGAAUUUGUCAGGGAGCAAUGUCGGAUCCACAAACGUCCCGUAUAUGUCCGAUCUUGUUCAUAAAGGAAUCGUAACGGUUUUGGACAUCGAAAAGCAUAAUUCAAAUGAUGGCACCUUAGACGCAGAAGGAGUCGUUGCCCAUUUCGUAGCUCAUUCAGAAGCGAUUGUCUGCAUGAGUUUUGACCCCAGUGGACUUAUAUUAUUCACAGCAGAUAAACAGGGACACGACUUUCAUCUGUUCCGAAUCCAUCCCCAUCCAGGAGGCCCAGCUCUUGCUGCUGUUCAUCACCUGUACGUUUUGCAUCGAGGUGACACAACUGCUCGUGUCCAGAAUGUUUCAUUUUCCCCUGAUUCUCGCUGGGUUGCCGUCUCAACGCUCCGGGGAACCACCCACGUUUUUCCUGUGACUCCUUAUGGAGGUAACGUCGGUGUUAGGACACACGCAUCUCCCCAUGUUGUCAAUAAGAUGUCCAGAUUUCACAGGUCAGCAGGGCUUAAUGUAGAGGGUAGAUCGCACAGUCCGGUUUCUUUGUUCGAAGCGCCGGUUAAUUCUAAUCUACCUCACCACAACCCUCGUUUGCCACCUUACCCCCAUCCAACGGUUGUUCAUCCCCUUGCACAAAUACGUCAGCCCCUUCUCUUCGUUCAGAAUGCCGCCAAUGCACAACAUAGACAACAUCAAGGUAGGCAAAGGUUAGGUUCUUGUUCCGAAGAUGGUAACACGCAGGUGGCCCUUCGUGUUUGUACGGCUUUUGCUCCUCCCCGCGCAUGGUUUGACAACUUGAUGCAACCUCCCGACGUUACAUUGAACAAUAAACUUCAAAUAAAGCCAGUUGAGUCUCUCUUUAUCAUGUCUUGUUACGGAAAUUUGUUACAGUAUGACCUGGAUCCUCAUCAUUUGCUUUCUAUACCGAAAGAGAAAGUCUGCGACGAGACACCCAUUGAAUUAGGAGUGAUUGCGAAAGCUCAGUGGACUUUACAACGACAACCGGGACACGCAGACAAACUUUUGCCCCUGACUUAUGAAAACUUGAAGCUCGUCUUCAGAAAGCUAGCUUCGAGUAAGGAAAAGAGACCAAAGAAACCUGCAUAUGAAGAAGACCAAUGGCUUUCGCAGGUGGAGAUUGUAACGCAUGCGGGUCCGCAUAGGAGACUCUGGAUGGGACCUCAAUUUACUUUUAAAACUUACAACAACUCUAGCGGAACUUCGUUUUCUGUAAACGAAACUCAAGCCAUCGAUUUGGGACGUUCCAAACCUGUCAAUAUGCCUCUUAGUGCCACUUAUCCGGUCGUUAUUGAAUCUGGAUCAGCGAGUAGCUGCGAACAGUCGCCAAAGUUAUUUGACAUGCAUCACAGUAGCACCGACAGCACGAAAAUGGCUGGAGACAACCGAUUGAAAGAGGACUUAGCCGAUGCCAUGCUGGAAUCGUCCGGAGUUGUGCGAGAUGUUGGAGGUCAUUGCGUCAUUGUUUCCAUGAAGCCGCCACUUCCUCCUCCUCAGUCAUCGUCGGGAAUCGUGAAGGUCGUUAAUCCUCUGGGUACAGUAGUUACUUUAGAAUCUUCAAACGAAGAAGAUGAACAAGUACCACCAAUUAAUGAGGAAGCUGAAAUACAUGAGAACUGCGACGAGGCAUUGUUUAGGCCUAUCGUUUCGCACAAAGCUGUUACUAAUGUGCAAAAGUCGCUCCCAGUCGUCACUAAAACUUAUUCAAAUUUGAAACGGAAAGAUGAUCCCGUCAAUGAGAAUACAAAAAAAAAGGAACAAGUGGCAACAAAAAUCCGCAUCGAUACAAUUAACGUUAACAAUGAAAGGAUUACUAGUCCCGAUUUAGAGCUUUUGAAUGUGAAAAAUAAAAAUUGUAAUAGUGAACCAAAUAUAAAGCAACCGCAGCAGCAAAGACCAAAAAAGAAAACAAAAGCAGAAGAUGUGCCUGAAGAUGUUGAAAAUAAUCAAAAAUCUUCUGAGGGGAACGAUCUUGUUAUAUUAAAUGGCAUCAUACCACAAACAUUUACUGAACCUAAAGAAGAAGUAGUAAGCAAUGCAAAAAAGGAAGUCAAAUACGAAUUUGAGAUCAAAGACGCUCCUUUCUCUUCUGGCGAAGAAGAAAAGGGAAAAGUUGAAAAACAGGAGAAAAGUAACGGAAAGAAAACACGCAAACCGAAACCGAAGCUCGGUGUAAGACUUAGCAAACUUAAAGAUAAUAGCACCUUUGUCGAAGAAAAAGCAGACAAUAACGAAAAAUCGGAUUAUUGUCCGGACGUGGAAGUUACCUUAACUUUGCCCAAGAGAUCUUGGAGCAGCGUAGUUUCGAUGAAUACAGUCAUUCCUCAACCUAUUGUCAAUCCUCUUCCACCUUUGCCUACGGCUCUUCUUGAUUUACCCGAUAUUGAAAACGUACAGCAAUUGGUCAGCGAACUGCCACCAUUGGAUGAAAAAAUAACUGAUAAAUAUGACCUAAUCGAGUUGAUGAAUGAACGGGACGAUCCUUGGAGUUCAUGUAACGUUUUUCAAUGUGAAAAGUCAGUUGAUAGCGAUUCUUCCAUGCUGAAAGUCUAUAAAUCGUCAGAGGACGAGAACACAGAGAGCAGUGACGAUUCAGGGAAAAAUGGAGUCGAUUUGAUAGGGAAUGCAAUUGAAAAGAAGGAGGAGCUCCAAGAAGAGGAAGAAAAUGAUAAAACGGUGCAGGGAAAGAGUCGAUCUUCUCGUCGAAAAACAAGAAAUAAAAAGAAGUAAUUAGAGCUACAUACACAUUUGAUAUUAAUUUGUUUUUUUUUUACGUUUUAUUUUUCAAGGAAAAAAGAAAUGGGAAUUUAUUUUUGCUAUAAAUAGAAGAGUAUCUAUCUUACUUAUAAAUCACAAACAAUAUUUCGAUUAUUACAUCCACAAACUUUUAGGCCAGUAAAUUUAUUAAAAUUUUUAUGAUUUUACUGGCCUGAAUGUGUAAAUUUCAUUUUUUAUUUUGCAAAAAGUUUUUUAAUCACUUUUCCAGUAUUUUUUCAGAUGAUUUAACGAUAAGUAUCUGUUCAUAAAUUAAAAUAUAUUUUAAAUAGGUUUUAAGGCAUUGUUUCCUUUUUUGUAUUAAAUAUUAAUUUAGUUUUUUUUAUUUUGAUAAAAGAGAUGCCAGCCUUAACAGUGGUCGCCAGUGAUGUAUAACAUCUAACGUCGGUAACUUGAAAAAUAAUAAUUUCACAACGUAAGCUAUACAGUUGUUUAAGACCAAGUUUACCAAAUCGAACGGUUGACAACUGUAUUUUCUACCAGUUUCUACCUUUUUUCUCUGUCUCUUCGAAUGUCUAAUAUCAGCUAAAAAUUACCCCUACAUACACACAUACCGAACAGUAAGAUGUUAAACAUUAAAAAAUGGCUGCCAUAAGUUUUAAGUGAGCCCAUUUAAUAGUAUUUAUUUUUUUUGUAGUGUUAUUAGGGAAUAUAUGUAACAGGUAGAUGUUAUACGUAUUCUUCAUGUGUUAUAAUUUAUUACUAUAAUUCAAACAGGGUGCAGUGAUAUCAGUAGUAUGGUAAUAAUGUAGACUACAUAAUUUUUAAUUACAAUUUUCUCCCAGGCUUGAUGAAAAUUUAACAGGAAAGGUACUGUUGUUUUUCUAAAUUUAAAAUAUUCCUUCUUAAAGAGUAUAUGUAUACGGCUUUUGUAUAUUACUAAAAAAUCACCUUGCAUACGUGUAAAAGGCGUUUUUAUUUUGAAAUUUUAUUAAUAUUAUUAUUAUAUCUUUUACGUAAGUUAAC